AUGCCUUGCAAUUUGAACGUGAUUUGCUUCAUAGAUCAAUACAAUGAGACUCCAGAAAAAUUUAAUUUUGUAGUCACUGCUGUUGGUAUAAUCAGUUCACGUCAACAAAAUACCAACAUUUUUAUUCAUAUUAUUGCAUUUUAUCCAAAGAAUACAACAAGAGAUAAUGAUUUAGAAAGAUUUGAAAAAGGUGAUAUAAUCAGAGUCCAAGGAAAAUUCUCAAUCAUUGAAACAGAAGUUGAUGGAAAAAAUGAUCUACCAAAAUCAUCGCUAUCUAUUAUAUUAGUAAGCACAGCAUCUGAUAAUUCAGAAACCAAUGAUGACCAAAAUAAUAAAUCUCUUUCAUUUGAUUUAUAUCAUUUUUCAGAAGAAAGUCAUUUGUUGCCAAUUACAAGCAAGGUUUCACAUGGAUUAUCAUUAUAUAUUACUGGAUCUCUAUCUCUUAUUGAUGAUCACUUACUUAUCAGACUUAUACAAAUUAAUUUUAUUGAAAACACUAGCUCAUCACCUAAUAAAACUUCAAGCUAUGCUUAG